AUUCGAAGACUAUUUCAUAUACUGGAAUAGGCUGCCAAUGGAACUGAAAGUUAAAGUCUUUCGGAAUCUGCCGUACGCAACGCUGAGGAACUUCAUGUUUCUUAGCAAAGAGUGCAUGGAAGUUUCGUCAUUGCUGAAACCCUCAGUCCAUGCAGUCUCCCUUUAUGAUGAGGCGAAUGAAGUAAAGUCUUUCGCGGCUAUCGUCGUGUACGACACCCCGGACGAAGCAGCUAACGUGGAGGAGAGCUAUACUAUCGGAUUCAGUAGCGUGAAGGGCAGGAGUUGCAUAGCACGCAGGAGCAAAAAAGGAGGGCAGAAUGUGGCUAGCGGACUAGAAUAUCCUAUGGAGUCGUGCUCUACUGUCUCGAUGCGUGUGUUGUUUCAAAUAACGAAGAAUUUGAAACCGGGGAGCGUAGAUUUGCAUUUGACAAACAUUGCAGAUGCGAAAAUUACCCUAAGUAAGCUACCGUCGACAUCAUUAAUCACAUGUGGAGCGCUUACUGUACACGCGGUCGAUUUCUCUUUUCUCUCGAUGCUUAUGCCUCAUGUAUCUCCCGGUUGCAUAUUACGAUUUUAUGUAUAUGAUCCAUCCUCGUUCGAAGAUAACGUUUUGAAUUCAGGGCUUUUCGACUUUGAAGUGGUAAAAGCAGCUCCCUUCAUCGACAUUAAUGUUGACUGCGAAAUCAACGAUGAGCAAUUCAUUUGUCUGAGAGCGUCCAAUCUUCAUUUGAAAGCGCCCAGAAUCUCGGAAAAAGGACUUAAUGCCCUAAUAUUGGGGAUUUCUUGCUCGCAUCUGUGGAAGACCCCCAAUUGCUCUAUACUCUUUACAGCAGUGGAUGAAAGGGAGGCGAAAAGUAGUCAGAUCCGUAUUGCGAAAACGAAGACGUUCAACUACGACAUGAUCUUUGAAAAUGUUGACAAAACCAAAGUUCAGUCUAGUUCUCUUGAACUUUUGCAAAUUCCCUUUUUCGACAAAUACGUGAAAAUACGCCCUCCACACGAGCGUCUUGCUUUGGUUCGCAACGAAUUGGGUGAUCGGCUACUUGUGAACAUAAGCUUGAACUAUUGCGAGAUAGUGGAUCCCUAUUCAGAGUACAUGUCGCGAAAUUAUCGUUAGCUUUGCAUAAUUCCAAACAAAUUCGUUCUAGAGUGCAUAACGAGUAUACCCUCAUGCGCGAUUUAUAGUUUAGGUUGUUGUUGACAUUCGAAUGCAGGACAAUUUUGAAUCUUGUUUGGCAUAUUUGCGAAAGUGCAG